AUGGCGUCAGACUCGGGCUUCUCAUUCCUGCCUCAAGGCGCCAUCAUCCAAGAAUUCAAGGUCGCCGGCCACAACAUCGUGCUCGGCUACGCCCAACCAGAGCCAUACGCAACUUCGCCCUUCUUCGGAGAGACCAUUGGCCGGGUUGCCAACCGGAUCAAGAAUGCCGAGUUCACCGCGAAUCAUGGCAAAAUCUAUAAGCUUGCGGCCAACGAGGGGCCGAACCACCUGCACGGCGGAACGUCAGGCUGGGGCAAGAAGACGUUUCACGGGCCCACCCCCGUCGAUCGCAACGGCCACGAGGGCGUGCGGUUUACCUACCUUUCGCCCGACGGUGACGAGGGCUACCCGGGAACCGUCGAGCUCAGGGUAUGGUACACUGCCUGGACGGAGGAGGAAGACGGCGUGUCCAAGACGAUCCUAGAGACCGAGUAUGAGGUUGAACUGGUGGGGUCUGAAUGCGAGGAAACGGUCGUCAACAUCACGAAUCACGGCUACUUCAACAUCACCGACGGUCCAACCAUCGAAGGAACAGAAGUGACAUUGCACACAUCCAAGUAUCUGCCGGUGGACGAGACCGACAUCCCUCUAGGCACGGUCGAAGACUUCCCCGGCAUCGAAGCCGGCAAACCGUUUGUGCUAGGCGCCACGGAGCCGGACAUCGACCACUGUUUCAUCGUGGACACGGAUGCUGCCAACGUCCCUCUCGACACUCGACAGCGACCGCUCGCACUCCUGCUCAGCGCCGCGCACCCAGGGACAAAGUUGCAUGUGGACGUGUUCAGCACGGAGCCAUCCUUCCAAUUCUACACCGGCAAGUAUAUCAACACCGCGGCGACAGCAGACAGCCCGGCACGAGGGCCACGUGCAGGGUUCUGUGUCGAGCCGGCCCGCUAUAUCAACGCCAUCAAUGUGCCGCAGUGGAGGGGUCAAGUGCUGUUGAAGCGUAAUCAACUCUGGGGUGCUAGGACGGUCCACAAGGCUUGGAAGGCAUAG